AUGGCUUCGCCAUUAAUAGCUGGGAUGGCUGUUGCUGCUGCUGCUUAUGCUGGUAAAUACGGGCUUCGUGCCUGGCAAGCAUUCAAGGCGAGGCCACCAACUGCUAGGAUGCGUAAAUUCUAUGAAGGCGGUUUCCAGCCGAAAAUGACGAGAAGGGAAGCAGCUCUUAUUCUUGGAGUGAGGGAAAGCACUCCAACCGACAAGAUAAGAGAGGCUCACAGGCGGCUGAUGGUGGCCAACCAUCCGGACGCUGGCGGAAGCCAUUACAUUGCUUCUAAAGUCAAUGAAGCUAAGGAUUUGUUACUCGGAAAGUCGAAAAGUAGCGACUCUGCAUUUUAG